UUAGAAUUCACUUUUAACUCAGGGCUGGAGCAGUGAUGGCGGACGAUGACCUGGAGCAGCAGGAGCCGUUUCCUGUGGAAACGGAUGAGAGGCAGCCGGGGGAUGAAGAGGAGCAACCAGAUGGUGUCUUGGAGAUGGGAUGUUUUGAGAAGUUCCACCAUCUUGUCUCCAAAUGGAUGCUCCCAGAACACUUGCGCGAAAAGUACCUGGAACGUGCCAACUGCUUUCCACCCCCCAUCUUCAUCAUCCUCAUCAGUAUUGCAGAGCUGGCUGUAUUUAUCUACUAUGCUGUGUGGAAGCCACAGAAACAGUGGGUGACCCUGGAUGAAGGCAUCUGGAACAGCCCUUUAACCUACAAGCCUGAAUGCCGGAACGAGGCAUGGCGCUUUAUCUCCUACAUGUUUGUCCACGCCGGUGUGCAGCACAUUUUGGGCAACCUGUUGAUGCAACUGGUGGUAGGAAUCGCACUGGAGCUGGUGCACAAAGGAUUUGAAGUGGGGAUGGUUUAUCUUUCUGGUGUUCUUGCAGGGUCUCUGGCCAGUUCCAUUUUUGACCCUCUCAGUGCCUUGGUGGGGGCUUCUGGGGGUGUUUAUGCCCUACUCGGUGGUUACUUCAUGAACGCUGUGGUGAAUUUCAGAGAGAUGAUUCCUCUCCUUGGAGUGUUUCGUAUCCUCUUCAUUGUGGUCUUUGUUGGUUUAGAUUUCGGGUUUGCCUUCUACAGAAGAUUUGUCAAAUAUGAAGAUGGUUUACAGGUGUCCUUUGUUGCUCACUUUGGAGGAAUUGUGGCAGGGAUGACCGUCGGCUACGUCUUCUUCAGUGCUUACAAUGAGAAGCUACUCAAAGAUCCACGUUUCUGGAUUUGUAUAGUGGGCUACACAAUCUUUGUUCUCUUUGCUGUGUUCUUCAACAUCUUCCUUUCUCCAGCCCCGUAGGAGCAUGAAGCUGCACUCAGGUCCUGUUUUAAACUCUAAAAUUCUUGUGUCACUCAGGAAGCAGAUUUUUACUGAUUUGUUGUAGAGAACAGUUACUUUUUAGGGACCCGAACAUUGAUUUGUUGGGUUUUUAGCCUUCUUUUUUUUUUUUUUUUUUUUACUUUGAGCUCUCUUUAGGGCUGAAUUUGUGUGAAAUGGCUCCUCCUGCUGUUUAUGUGUAGUGUUGCUUUAAGGCUAUGCAGAUGAAAAUGUGCCCAUUGAAGCAUUCAUUUUGAACAUGAUGGGGCAGUUAUGUAUGACUUAAUUAACAUAUGUGGUUUACUUUUUCCUUGUGUGCUUUGUUUUGACUUUCUGUAUUUUCCACUGUGUUCUUUUUAUUUGGAUCAUCGAGGACUGCCAUUGAUCCACUGUUCAUAGAAAAGUUUCUUACACUGCUUAAAAACACUAUGCACUAGAAGAAAACAUCAUAUUAACAUCUGACAUCACAUUUUAAGAGUUUUUAUACGUGACAGCCAUAACUAUAUGUUUACACUGAUGUAAUGACUGGAAGAACAGGGUGAGUGUCCUUAAUGCGUUUUCUUUAGCUAUGAAGCCGCUUUACUAUCAAGCAUGUUAUUUUAGAAAUGUACUUUUUUUUUUAAACAAAAAAUAUUUUUUGUUAUUGAAACUGUAAAUUAUCUAAGAUUGUGUGUAAACUAUGACAAAAAGACCAAACAGACCUUCUACACUGUGUUUUCAUAAACAAGUCACAUUUGUAAAUAUUUUUUUCACAUUAAAUAUGGAACUUCUGAAGAUUUAUUUUGUGUUCCACUUGGUUAAACCUGGUUUUGAUCAGGUCCGCUGGUGGUAUGCAUUUACAUAUUCUGCUCUCUGUGUUCCAGAUGUUGUUGUUGUGGGGUAGAGUCACCAUCCCUCCUUAAUAGCACCAUAGCCUGGGUCAGAUAUAGAUACAGCCAGUAGGUUUGAAAAAAAUAAGCCCAAAUAAAAUUAAAAGUAUAAAUAUUGCAUUACUUUAGUGUUUUUUAAAGCUCUGCUACAUGUGGAGAAGUUGCAUUAAGACAGAUCAGGGACUAAUAUUGCUAAAUCUCACCUGAUUGUUGCGGUUAAAUGUAAUGUGUAGAAAUAAGCACAUCUGGGAAAUUAGCACACUGACAACAUCGAUGUGCAAUUCAGAAAACUGCUGAAGUUUAGAGUUGCCGGUCUCAGGUUCGCCUGCUGCUCAUGUUACCACUGAUGUUUCUUAGUUAGAGGAAAGCAGUCUGAUUUAUCCCUCAGUCAUGCGACGAUGCUGGGGCAGAGGGCUCAGGUUGGUUUUGUGCAAUAUUUUUGAUACUCUGCUUACAUUUGGCACUCUAUAUGAAUCUGUGCCAGCACUCUUAUGUUUAAAGAAAUUAAAGACUCAUUUAAAAAAACAAAAACCCACAGCAUCCU